AAUAAAUUGAGAAAAAGCAUAGCCAUUGCUGGUCGCUCUUGAUGAAGCUCUAACUGUCUCCACUCUCCAGUCUCCACCAAUCCUCUUUUCUCUCACAAACACCAAAUUCAAAAGCUCCGAACCCGAAACCAUCUUAUGGAUCGGUCUGACCCGAACCGCUUCCGUAACCGUAAACCGGCCUCCUCAACGGAACGCUUCCUUGGCGUCCCAUCCAACGCGCCGCCUCUUGAAAACCCUAGCUCCUCCUCCGCCACCGACGAGCUCACCGAGGACGACGUCGUUUUCUUUGGCGACGACAACGCCGACAACAAUCACCUCCCUUCCACUGCCUCCUCUUCCAACUCAUCCACCCCUAACCACCACCACCUCCACCAUAACAACAACCACAAGGGCUUCGGAUUCGGCUCCUCUGACACCUUCGGCAUCCUUGCCGCUCUGCCGGAAAACGACGCCUCACCUACUGCUCCAAACGGCACGCACUUCUUCCACAAGGCCUCCUCGGUUUCGCUGUCCUCGUCUUCUUCUUCUUCUUCGUCGCGUAUGAUUCCCGCCAUACCGAAGCCUCCGUCAGCGCACCACGACCGGAUGCCGCAGUCUUCGGUCAUGUACCACCAGUCGGCGCCGGUGAACGUUCCUAUUUUGUCUCAGGCGAUGAUGAGGAGGCACCGCCAGUUUGAUGACGACGAUGACGACGAUGUGGACGAUGUGACGGCGGAGGACGACGAUGUGAUGCUUCCGCCGCACGAGAUUGUGGCGAGGAACUCGGCGCAGUCGCCGAUGCUGGCGUGCUCGGUCCUGGAAGGGGUGGGGCGGACCCUGAAAGGGAGAGACUUACGGCAGGUUCGGAAUGCGGUUUGGCGGCAAACAGGUUUCCUUGAUUGAAAAAAAUAUAUUUGAAUUUUUAGGGUUAAAUUUGAGUAGUUUUAUCUUUCUAUGUGAACUGAGAAAUGGAAACAAAGGCUGAAAGCUGAAAACCCUAGUGGACAUGUUCAGAAUUUGACAUUUGAAGAUUGGGCAAUAAUCUAGUGUGUUGAAUCAUUGAUUGAUUUUAUGAUUUCA